AUGAUGGAUGGAACGGCGGGACGGGACGACAGGCACAUGCUUCGGGCCGUUCCAGACGGGAUCGCGAUUGAGACGCUUGCUUUGAUGCCACCGGCGACAAACAAAACGCCAAAAACCCACAUAGAGUCUCUCUCUCUCUCUCUGUCUCUCUGUAUCUCUCUGUAUCUCUCUGUAUCUCUCUCUCUCUCUCUCUCUCUCUCUCUCUCUCUGUCUGUGUAUCUCUCUCUGUAUCUCUCUCUGUAUCUCUCUCUGUAUCUCUCUCUCUGUAUCUCUCUCUCUGUAUCUCUCUCUCUCUCUCUCUUUUUUGUCAAAUUCUUUUGUUCUUUCUUUUGUCUCUCUCUCUGUCUCUCUCUCUCAUCUAGUCAUCUGUGUGUGUGUGGAUCACGCCAUCUUUCAUUUUCCACACACACACACAUCUCUCUCUCUCUCUCUCUCUCUUUCUUCCGUCUGGUGGACCGGUCGCGCGCGCGCGCGCUCUCUGCCCCUGGGGCUGCCUCAUCAUAG